UGGAGAGGAAAGAUGUUAUUGUACAAAAUUAAACUCCAUCAUUUCGUCUAAACGGUAUUUUAUAGAUGAAAUUAACUGCUAAAAUCGGAAAAUUAUGUUAAAAGACAUUGAAUUAAGUGUAUUUAAAUUAAUUAAUCAUAAUUUCUAAGUGUUUAAACAGUUGAUUUCGUGGCAUAAUAAAAUCAGUUUUUUGCAUACUACACCAACCAACCAACCAACCGUACAUACACACACACACAUACGGGUGUACACGCGACGACAUGUGUGUCUGUAUAUGUCGUGCAGCAUACAUAUGAAGAAAAAACUGAGUGUGUUUCUCCGUUUCAUCGCAAUGUCAAAAGAAUUAUAUUCGAAAAAAGGUUAGCAAGAAAAACCUAUGAAAACUUGCGUGAAACCCAGCAAAAAGUAAAAUGAAACGUUUAAAAAUAAAUAACAAUAAAAAGCAGAAAAUUUCAACGGAAUCUUGUUAAAAAGAAUUAAUAAGAGAAGAAAAGUGAAGGAAAUUCAUAAAAUUGAAGAAGUAACAACAACAACACAGUAAAAAAUAUAAAUAUUUUGUGAAAUAAUAAACCUUAAAGUCCAUUGGAAAGGCAUGUGAAAUAAUAAAAAGGAUGGUGGCAGAUAGUGAUGGACAAACAUUGACAGCAGUCGUUAUCUGUGAAGGGAAUAUAAGUGAUCCCGAUUUUCCGGACAGACUAAAUGAUAUUGUCGGGAAAUUAUCGUCUCUAAUAACGCCGGAGGACGAGGAGGGAUAUGAUUCGGAUUCUUCCGCGUCGUCCGCAUCAUCCUCCGCUACGGCGGGCGAUGAAAAAGCCAAGAGCAAACGAGUAAAAGUAGCAAAAGUUGAGCCAUGGAACAGUGUGCGAGUGACACUUUCCAUUCCAAAGGAGGCAGCAACGAAGCUGAGAGAGCUUGCGUCUGCUGGCAACAAUGCACUGCGAGCAUUAGGCAUUUUAUCCGUGCAACUUGAGGGCGAUUCUGUGAUAUCAUUACGACUAGUAGGAAGAGAAAUUGUGUUAAGAACAGACGGUGCACCCAGCACUUCAAACACACAACAAAGCAGUUCCGCGACAAGCGAACUCGCAAAAAUCUUUCAACAACAAUCCAGUAGCAACAGUGGACCGAUUCACGACCCAGUGCCAGGUACUUCAAAAGUAAUUCCGCAACAAAAUGGUCCGUUAUCGGCGCAACAAGCAGCCGCCGUCGCAGUGCAACAACAACAAGCGAUAUUCAAGUCACCAAAUACCGUGUGCCCAAUGGACGGAAAGUUGCCGGUGCACGUACCGACGAAUCUCGGCGCCGCGGAAAAUGCCGCUGAAUAUCCGUUCGAAAGCAUGAUUCAAGCACGUGUGAUUCAACGACGCGAAAAUACGCUCGGCAUGAGUCCGGCGUCGUCGCCAGCGACAACAACGUCUCCGAAUGCCGCAGCGGGAACGUCAUCAUCAUCGCAAACAUUUGUGCAACCAGCUCCUCCGCCGCCAUAUCCAGCCAAGGGAGUUCUGGGAUCGCCAAAUGCCGCAACGAAUGCGGGCAAUAACAACAUCGCGAUAUCGAGCCCGCUGCUCGUGAAUUUGCUGCAAAAUGAGGGAGCGGGUCCGAGUAACGGCAAGCAGCAAGUGACGCCGCAAGAUCGUGUAAAUAGCGCUAACAUUAGUAAUAGUAGUGGUAAUGGUGGUAAUAAAUGUACAGUUAAUAAUAAGGGUUUAAUGUCAAAGUCGACGCUAGUUACAUCACAACAACAGCAGCAGCAGCAGGUGGCUGGUACACAUGAUAAACAAGCAAUUGUUAUCAACAAUAAUUUACUACUGAACAAGUCUCCAAACAGUAACGAGUUAAGUAAUUCGCCUUUGCAACAACAACAACAACAACAUGGAGUCGUCGUCGCGCAAUCAUCUCCAGUGCCUUUACCAACAAACGCAAAUAAUGCUGGACAGAUGCGCCGUCAAAUGUCUGGCAAUCAAAUUUCGUCACUUCCAAUGCAGCAACAGCAAGUGCGAGCGCAGCAAUUGUACUUUGCUCGUGCGCCGAACAGCAAUCAGCAGCAAUUUGUCGUGCCAAAUGCGCUACGACAGCAAUUACCGCAGCAGCAGCCAGGCAUGAACGCCACUUACGGCAAUGUGCGAUGGAAGAUGGAGCAGCAGCAACUGGAUCCGGACUGCCAGGAAUUCGAUCGGUUCCAAAAAAUGUACAAUCAUAGUCAGCAACAGCAAGAAAAUACUCAAGGAACUGCAGAUUUGCCACCGAGCUACGGGCAGCAACAAGCCUCCAGAUCUGCCGUUUCGCAACAACAACAACAAAACGCCGAUCCGCUGGGCUUGGGCAAUCUCGCCGACCUGGCAGACCUCACCAAGAACGAUCUAGACUCGUUAUUGCCUUCCUUACAUCCACACGACCUGGAUUCCGCCUUACUUGCCUUCGACACGAAAGGCACCUCAUUAGACUCACUCCUAGACAUAGAUUUGAUAAGUAGCUUAGACACGACGACGACGACGACGCCGAUGUCGGGGAACUCCGCGGCUAAUCAUUCGCAGCAACUCACAAAUGGUCCAAUCGUAGAAACUAAUCACAUCUCAUCAUCAUCAUCAUCCAACAACUCACCUCAAGUGCAAUUGAAACAACAACAACAACAACCAGCAGCAGCGACUCGCGUGACGAACGAAAAUCCGCCGCCGCAGCGAUUUCUCAUCAACCCCCUAACUGGCGACAUGGAGAUCACACAAGUGGAGGACACGAGUGAGCAAGACGCUAACAAUGUGGCUUUAGUAGGGGCAGAUUUUCACGAGACAUACAAGAGUGACGGCGACGCCGACGACUACGACGACGAGAGUUCACGCGGCACAAAUUUCUCCGCGAAAUAUCUCACCUCGGACAUGAGUGACACGGAAAAAUCCAACCAGUCCGGCGACAUGUUCUUGCAGGCGCAAGCGAAAACGGGCGCCAAAAAGGGCGGGCGCACGAAAAAGGAGAAAGUUUUGAAUCCGGAUGGCACGGUGGUGAAAGUGGUCAAGGAGAAACCGGCAAAAACGCGCGUGAGUAAGGUGAAAAAGGCCGUUAUUACGCCGGUUCCGUCGCCAACGGGAGGCGCGAAUGCCGAGUUGAAGUUGCGAUUGAAACUUGAGACGAGCGGAAGUGGAACGCCGACAGCGAAGAAACCGAUAGCGUCGAAACCCACGGCAAUGGUAGCGCAACAAUACAAUUUUAAUGCGAGUAUUGCGCAGCAAUUUAUGCAACAGUCGCAAACGACGCAGCAGACAGCGACGACGGCGGGAAAUGCGGUAAAUUCUGUGGGUAAUGUCGCUCCUGCCAGUGCUGGAGAACAAUCUUCGACGGAGGAGCCGCGAGUUCCGCCAUUGCACAUUAGCAUAAAGAACAAAUCGGUUGUUAUCAAGUCGGGAGCGUCGGGACAUAAGAAGGAGAAGAAACGAUUUCUAAGCCAAUCGGGAAGUGAAUCUGGAGAUGAUGCAACACUACGACUGAAGAAGAAAAAUUCUGAAUUGCUGAAAAUGAUGAAUGAGGAAGGAGAUGCAAAACGUUCGACGACAACACAUGAGAUAUCUAGUCCAAAUGGGAUGUUGGGUCCGGAUGGUAGCAAAAAACGACGCUUAAGUACAGCAGCAGCUGACACCGCCGACAAUCAAUCCGUUGUUGGUUCCACAAAUAUCGGCACCAUCGGUUCCUAUUCCCUGAUAAAUCAUCUAAAGGAGAAAAGUAACCUGCGAACGUUACUGAAAACGGGCUCGAUGACGAAUUCGGCGACAAAUCCAGUCACGACGGCGCAAAAAGUCGACGCGUCUCAAGAACAACCAGCUCAACAAACAGCGAGUCCAGUGAAAAGUAUAAUAGUGAAUUCGAUGACGGCGACGACGACGACGGCGCCCGUUGCCAGUAGUAAGACGACUUUGAAGGCGUUGUUGACGCACGGCAGCGACAGCAUGAUAAACGAGGAAAAAUUUAAGCAAAAGUUGUUGGAAAAUAGUGAGGUGGCGGAUGCGGGCGGUGGUGGAAUUACGGAAACGUCAAAAGCGUCGACGGAUGGGACAUUUCAGAACAACGUCGCGACUAAAGAAUGCGUAAAAACGACGCCAAGUGAUACUUCGACGAAUGCCGGUACGAAUAUGCAACGACCGGUGCAAAGUUCGCCGAAGCGCGAAACAAUCGGAAGUGGCGGCGGCGUGUUAAUUGAUCCGUCGUUGUUGCAGCAAAAUGUCCGCGGAUCGCCAGGAUCUCAGGCACAAGGCGAGGACAGCGGGAUCGAGUCGAUGGAUGCGUUGUCGGAAAAAUCGCCGCACCAAAACAGUCACAGCCCCCAGGGAGGCACCAACGAAAAUCUGUUGCUGAGUAGUCGUGCGCCCGACGCGACAAACGCUGCAGCCAACAGUGCGCCAAGCGGCGUCGGAAAUAGUACAAAUAACAACAAAGUGAGUGUAUCGGACAUGCACUCGAGUGUCGGAGGCGACGCUGGUGCGCCAGACGAUUACUACGAGCCAAAUGAUAUUGAAGCAGCUCUCGCCAACAUGGAAGGCAUAGACGAAAUUGUCGCGAACGAAGUUUCCAGUUACGAAAAAGAGACGAAAAUCAACGGGGAUCACAGUGCAAUAGUCACAUCCAAGUCCAAUCUGCUAGCGGAUCUCGGCGAACCGAAAGAAGACAAAUACGAAUUUCACGAUUCGCCGCAGACGCAAACGCUUCUACGCCCAAGCAAAGAUCUGAACGAGAACAAAAACGAAGUUAUCACGAAAGACGAGUGUUGUAAUGUGACGCCAAGUGGCACGGCAGCAAAUCCAGGCACAAAACCGACGAUCAAGAAGGAAGAAAAGCCGGAAACGAUCAAAGAUGAGUUACUGGAGCCAUGCCCGGUGCGAACAACACCCGCUUUGUACACCUACUCGAAUAGUGAUAAAUAUCGCGGUGACAUGAACGACACGCCAGACAUCAAAAUCGAGACCCCAUCGCCCUCGGAUAAGAUGUUACAGCAACUUUCGAUCGAAAUUCCGCAAAAUAACGAGAACGACAACUCAACUCGAAUACGUACUAGAGCCAGCAGCAAGCUCGAGAGUCCCCUCGAUUCGGUGGGUGCCAAGCAAAGUCCGCAAGACUCGCCCGCUGCCAAUCUGAAAGCGACUCUCUCGAAACUGAAUGCGGCGGCAAUCGAUCGAUUAAGUCCCAAGGGCGGCAAUCAGGUGAACAAGAAGCGAAAACGUGCCGGCUCCGAAAGUUCAAAUCAAUCCUGCGUAAGUGAUGACUUGCAAACACGAACAAAAAAAUCGAAAAAGACGGAAAAUGACACGAGCACCGCGCAAAAUGCGACUCCAGCGAAAGUGGCAGCGAAACCUGUCGUUAAUGCCGUUAAAGCUGCUGUGACGAACCAAAAAUCCGCUGUAAUUGAUGGCACCCCGGCAAAAACAGUUGUUGGUCGAACCCUCAAACGGAGCGAAUGUUCGUCGGAUAGUGACGAGCCACUAAUUGAAAUUGCCGGCAAAGUAAGGAAUUCGAAAUUGAAUCGUUCAGCGUCGUCAUCGACGUCGUCUUUAACGGGCGAUUGCGAAAAAGUGCUGCGAAAUCAUCGAGUUGUGAAUGCGAAUAAUGUUCAGCCACAAACGCCGAAUAAAGUUGCGACGAAAGCUGUUGCCGCGCCAACGACUCCCGUCAAUUCGACGAUCGGAGGAGGCGAAGAAAAGAUCAGUACGAGAAGGAGUGUUCGAAUGACAAGUUCUGCAUUGUCGACGACGGCAAUCAAUCAAAAGGCGAAAAUACAACAACAGAAUCCGGGAUUGCAAAAUGUGACGAAUACGCCAAAUAAGCAGGGAAAUGGAACGUUGGGUGCUGGCGUGAAGGAAGUUGCUGUUGAAGGGACACCAGAAGCACGUCGCAAGACACGCAGUGCAGCAGGACUCGAUGGCACCGAAGGACGUCGCCGCAGAAAUUCGCGUGACGGAAAGUGACCUUCAGAGUUUGGCUCCUCAUCCUCUCCGCUCUCGCCAAAUUCACCGACAUCGCCAUCGUCCUCAAUAUCAAUAUCAUCCGCAUCAUCGACGAUGGACAGCAUGGGUGAGGUGCCAUUAGCAUCUUUUGCAGCCGCUGCCAACAACAAGCGAUUACAAGCGCCCACAACGAGCGCCACUGCGAACGACAACAACAACAUUUCGAACAACAACAACUUCACCAACAGCGAUUGCAGCUUGGACGAAUUCGUCUCCAGUGACGACAGUAAUCUCGAAGUGUCCGUAGUUACAAUUUCAAUGUAUUAGUGAGCAAAUAGGAAGAAAAGCAGAAGACGCGACAAUGAAAUCAUCCUCCUCCUCCUUUUUAAGUGUACCAAAAUUUUCCUCAACUUCUUAAAAUAACUAGAAAUAAUACUUUAGAACUCUAUUACUUUAUUACUGCAAGAAAAAUAAGAAGAAAACAUGAAAAUAGGCAAGUGACAGAAAAACACACAAGAGAAAAAUGAAUAAAAAAGUGUCUUACUAUUUAUUAUUAUUAUCAACAUAUUAAAUAAUAAUAACAUAAAAACAAGUCGUUUAGUCUGUAAAAUGUACUGAAAAAAUAUUAAAAUAGUGAAUAUAGUUGUUAACAAAAACAAACAAAAUAUAAUAAUACAAAAUAAUAGCAAAACACAAAAAAAAAUAUUAGGACUCAUAAAAUAAUCAAGAGAAAGGUACAAGAACACAUUUUU